AUGGCGGACAAAAGCAGUAUGAGAGUACCUCCAAUGAUCUGGGCUCAAAGAAAAGAUAAAGUUUGGUUGACGUUUAGAUUAGAGAAUGUAAAAGACCCAGUGAUAGAUUUAACAGCAGACAAAUUACACUUCAAGGGGAAUGGAGGACCAGACAAUCAUCCCCAUGAGAUAACAUUAGAAUUUUAUAGUGAAAUCAUUCCAGAGGAUUCUAAGCAUCAUAAUAGUGGUAGAGAUAUAGUGUUUCUCCUCAAGAAAAAAGAUCAAGAAACCAGUUUUUGGCCUAGAUUGCUAAAAGACACCAAAAAGCCUCAUUUCCUGAAAACUGAUUUUGAUAAAUGGAAAGAUGAAGAUGAUUCUGAUCAAGAAGAAAAUGAAAAUUAUGGUUUAGAUGACAUGAUGAGUUCUAUGGGAGGAUUACCACCAGGGAUGAUGAACUCUAUGGGUGGUAUGGGUGGAAUGCCUGGUAUGGGCGGAAUGCCUGGUAUGGGUGGAAUGCCUGGUAUGGAAGAAUUUACACCUGAUGACAACAAAGAAAAUGAAGAAGAUAGUGAUGAUGAUGAUUUACCUGAUUUACAAUGA